GUUGAGGAGGAGCCUGCAGUCUGUGAUUAGCCGCUGGGCGGCUGAUGGUGCUCAAAGCAAGGAGCAGCGCUGGAUUUGCAGAGAGAGAGAGAGAGAAGGAUCGCCGUAAUUUCUCCUUUCUCCUCAUGUCCAGCACAUCAGAUGCUGCAGUUGACAACUGAGACGUGUGCUAGACUAGUGUGCCCAAACCUUCUACUAUUAUGAGAAUAUUCCGUCCACAGAUCUUUAAUUUUAGUUAAUGCUGGAUUACAAAAUAGUUUGAUUUUUUGUGUUUGUCAAGCGACCACUUUCUGAUCUCUAUAUUAUGUCUUCGUUCCGAGUCCCUAUUUUUGUAAACAACGUACAUCCGACUCACUAAUAUCAGAUUUUCUGAUACAUCAAUAUGGACUAGAAGCAGCAGAUGUUUGAGAAAAGAAUAAAGGACAUCGACUUCUGAAAAAGAGAGAGAGAGACCUACAAAGGAGGCGGUUCGACUAUCGGGGUUUGGAAAUUCAGGUGGUCACGUUAAGCAUCCUUUUGUUGGAUAUUUUGUUUUCUGCUCCCGGUGAUAAAGCAGUAAUCAUAACUGCAUUUUUUGUGGAAUGCCCUCACGUUGUUAAACCACGAUGGACAAAGUGAGUGUAAAUCGGCUGCAGGGGCAUUGACGCAGUUGGCAGCAGACAGGGCUAUUGCAAAUCAGUGGCCGAAUCACUCGCACCUGUUUGGUGUUUAACACCUUCAAGCUCCAUUCAUCUCAUUAUCUACCUGGCAGCUUAUCACACACGUUUUUAUGACGGGGUGAAGGUUUAUUUCUCAAUAAGUGAACAACGACAGCCAGAAGUAUUACACACUUGCAAGAACAUCCACCAGGACUGAACAUUAAGCCGGGUUCUUGAACGCGGACAGGUUCGUUUGUUGCUCAUAAAUAACAGAACUGGGAAUUGGGUAAAACUGUUUUUUUGGUGUGUGUUUUUCAAUUAGUUCCAACAACAACAACAACAACAACGCAGACAUUUAAAACCACAAUAGCGCGACCGUGUCUGUCAAGGUUUUUUUUUUUUUCUGCAUCAGCAGCGGAGCCGUAUUUUGGAAGCAAGGGUCCAGAGGGAAAUCGAUAUCAGUUAUCACUUAUUAUCGCUUCUCAUACAACCGCUUCCACUUAUUGUUACACACAUUAGAAUGUACAUCAAUACAGCUUGUAAUAAUUAUCGACAUUUACAGAAAAAAAUCAGCUCUGACGUCCUCUAUAUUAUUAUCAGCACUGACUAUUCAUCCUGCAACGGCGCUCUAUGAAUGGAAACGGGACCGGCACACUGUACUUGAGUAGAUAAAAAGAAGGCGGCUGUACCGCUUAAUGAAAAAACUCUUGUUGCUUUACACUUCGGUGAUUAAUUUUGAGCUGCAGCCGCCUGGUUGUUCUCGCUUGUUUGUUUCAACUUAAUUGAGAAACAACCCGCUUCCCUUUUUGCAUAAAGCAACCCAAAAGGAAAUACAUUAAAAAAAAAAAAAAAAAAAACUAUAAAAAUGGGCACCGUCUUAUCUGUCUCCCCCAGCUCCAGAAAGACCAGUUACCAUGACGAGGGCUCGGGGUCUCUUAGCCACUACCCGAGCGUCCAAAGCAGCAAGCCCUUAGGAAGCCAGAAAGAGAGAAACAUCAAGCGGCACUCCAUGUUCAUCCCAGCCCUGACCUGGAAACGGUUAGUGGCCUCAACCAAGAAAAGGGGUUCCAAAAAGAGCAACGGUGCCCUCAACAACAACUACCAGAAGGAUGUGGCUCACCUGAACCACGAGAAUGUAAAGAAGUCUGUGUCCUGUGCCAACCUCUCCACCUAUGAGGGGCAGACCCUGCCGCCGCUUCAGGGGACAGAUGGGAAGAUCCCUUCUGUCAAGAGCAUCACCUCUAGCACUAACUACCCCUCAGGGGGCUCCCCCAAGCGCGUGAUAGUCCAGGCCUCCACCAGCGAGCUGCUCAAGUGCCUGGGUGAGUUCCUGUGCCGGCGGUGCUACCGGCUCAAGCACCUGUCUCCUACUGAUCCCAUCCUGUGGCUGCGCAGCGUGGACCGCUCGCUUCUUUUGCAAGGCUGGCAGGACCAGGCCUUCGUAACGCCCGCCAACGUGGUUUUCGUGUAUCUGCUGUGCCGUGACAUCAUCGAUGGGGACCUGGUGGCCACGGAGCAUGACCUGCAGGCCACGCUGCUCACCUGCCUCUACCUGUCUUACUCCUACAUGGGCAAUGAAAUCUCCUACCCUCUCAAGCCCUUCCUGGUGGAAUCCGACAAGGAGGCCUUCUGGGACCGCUGCCUGCAAAUAAUCAACACGAUGAGUGCCAAGAUGCUUCGCAUCAAUGCAGAUCCCCACUACUUCACACAGGUCUUCGCUGACCUCAAGAACGAGGGCAGCCACGAGGACUUAAGUCACACCCUGGACCGGUGAACCCCCUCACCCUACCACCACCUCGCUGACCCCCCCACUGCCUCCGUUUAGGCCUGUCCAGGUCUAGCCUGGGCACUCCCUGGAUUUGUCAUCAGGCUGGGCUGCUGCUGGAGCUUUGCUUUCAGUAGCUGUAUACGUGUUAAUAUUACCAGUUAAUAUUCCACUGUAGUGUUGGAAUCCUGAUCAAACAUUUCUUUGGCACAUACAUUUUGUUAAAUGUCUUUAUAUAUAAUUUAUUUUUAAAAUGUAUGUUUAUUGUUUAUUUUUAAUUUGUUAUAUGGUGCAUAUGAAGCUACUUUUACACAACACUUUACUAUAAAAGGAGGUCAGAAUUCACCAGGUUCAACUAAAAAAAGCUGAGUUAGACAACCCCCUCUACACUACACAAUUUGUUUUCAACUUCAAGCACUCAGCAUUGUCUAAAGGGCUUUCCUUCCCUCCCUUCUGUCCCUUCCAUUCCACCCUAUCCCCCUGUUCUCCCCCCCCCCCCCCCCUACACCCACUCUUUAAAUGGCCUGGUUGUACUUGAAUUGGAGACUACCUGGGUCUUGUAGUACCUUUUCUGCUGCUGGGCCAAUGCAAAUCUGCUUCUCUCUUAGGGUGGCUUGUUAGGGUUCUGGAAUUUAAACAAGGGGCAGCUUUUCUGUGGGGGUUUGGUGCCUCAUAUGAUGUACCUCUAGCCUCUUUGUAUGUGUGUGUGUGUGUGUGUGUGUAUUGAAUGUAUGUCAAUGUGUUGGUCUAAGUAUAUGGGAGAAUGUGUUCUUUGGUUUUUCAACAUUCAAAUGUGUAGUUGCCUGUUAAGCCACAUGUCUUGUAUAGAUAUGUGGGAAUGCAGUAUUUAUUGUGUUUAACUAUGUACGUAUUUAUUUGUUUAUGCACUGACUAUUAUAUACACUACAGUAUGUAAAUAUACAUGAUUAUACUGCAUGUAUACUGUGUUCAUAUAUUAUGUGCAUACAAUACAUGCUGUAUUAUGCUUUAGGAAUGUGUGACUGCAUGUAUAUAUAUUUCUAAGUGCAGAAUAUAUGCUGUCCCUUUUAUCAUGUCAGUAGCACUCCUUUCAUUCUCAAGAUAUUUUUCACUUGUGAACCAAUAGUGUUAAUCCUUUUAGGUUAAAAUAGGUGAUUCACUUUCCAGUAUUUCAUUUCCAAAAUGCCUUUUGAUGAUGUGUCUGAGAUAUUGAAAUGCAUCUGAGAUGCUAGCAAAACAACAUAGAUAUCUUUCUUGCACAGAGAGAGAGAGAGAGAGAGAGAGAGAUGAAGGCAUGUUUAGGAGCUCACUGCCAUAAAUAGAUUGGAAGGGAAGCCUUCUCAAUUAGCCUUGCAGAUAGAUUAUUUCUAUUUAAAAAAAGAGUGCAAAAAAAGUAAAGAAACCACACGCAUGUUCAUUCUCUUUUUGGAGCGGUGUGUGCAUACAUGUGUGCCAGUAACAGUCUCCUUGCUUCUUGUGUAAUAACUAGGAUUUCUGAAAUCGUAUUUGCCUAUCCAUAUUGGCACCACAUGGAACCCGCUGUCAUUUUGAGCUAUUAAAUGGUUAGUAUGGUAAAUGGUUAAAAGAAAGAGCAAGAUGCAGAAGAGGGGAGUCAGUGUUCCUCGCUUCAUUGCUGUAGCUCAAUCCAGGACCUGUGUUUGCCGUUAUCUUACUGGACAGUCUCGUUUAACACCCGUGCAGCAGAGCUCUGUGUUUACACUGUACAAUUAUGCUGUUGUAAUUGGCAGCUGCAGAGGCACAGAUGUGUUUUAGGUAAACAGUGUUAAUCUAGAAAUAGAAGAUAAUUUCUAGCCGUGCCACAGUAAUCCAAUGCACUGGAGCAGCAGGCAAGUCAUUAGCAUGCUACUGAUCGAUGUGAUUAAUACUUUAAUCAAUAUAUUGGGUAGAUCUACUGGUGUCUUCAAUAAGUUUUUUAUAGGGUUAGAUUCCGUCCACAGUAUUUAUGUCUGUAGCUGUAAUCAAAUCUUACAUAUGUGAAUAGUACAGCAUUAAACAGUUACAUAAACCUAGUACAGUGAACCUAGUAUUAUCUGAAGGAUAUCCUCUGAGGAAAACUGUUGCUCUGUGCUAUAACUGAAACAGCCAGGGAAACAAACUCCUUCAUUGUACCAAGUAGAAAAGGUCAGUAUUGUGGAAAAACUAGAGCGUUAUUAAUACAAUAGGAGUACUGCAGUCUCUGUGUGUGUGCCUCUCUCCCUCUGUUUCUGUAUGUGAGGUCUGAGUUUGACGCUACGAGCCAGACUGUAAAGCUAGGAGGGGGACACCUCUGUCGUUAAUAAGUGCGCUGUUGAAAAAAAAACCAGUUAUUUUCUCUGCAAUUGCCAUCGCUCUGUGAGUUUUGGUGACUUUGAGUUUGCUGCUAUAUUAUAACUGAUCAAUACAGUUUUAUAUGCAUGUGAGCGAGUGUGUGCGUGCGUGGGAACACGCGUGUCUGUGUGCGUGCGUGUUCGAAAAGUACUGUGUAAAUACAUUGCUGUAUAAUGAAAACAACUUCCAACGUCUUGCUACUGUGACAGUGUGCAUGCCAGCAAAUUUAAUAAGUGUUCUGAUUUUGUUGCUGCUUAAAUUACAUUUAAAUGUUGGGUUUGUUUAAGAAAAAAAAAAAUACCGGUUCUUCCCUUUUUUGGGGAAGAUUUGAAGAUAUUGUUGUCGGUACUAUUAAAAUUUGAAUGUGAGAGAGCACGGUUCAAGUUUUUACCCGUUCUUGUACUGUUCUAAAGAGCAGACGGGGGCUUUACUAAUUAAAUCCACUUUACUUAUUUCAUCCUCGUUUUGACCAAUGCAGAGCUGUUUUAAAAACGUAAAUGCAUUUUUGUUUAUAUAUAAAAGAAAGCAAGUCAAACAAAUGUUUUGUGGGUGUAAUCUUGUAACUGUGUUAAAUUUGUGACACCUCAUGUGACUUCACAAGUACUGGAGGCUGUUAUUUUGUUUUUCUUUCUUCCUGUUGUGUCACUUCCUCUUUUGAGUUGUGUUUACCCAUUUGGCUAUGUGACAGUCGGUUAUGAAAUCAAGCUGCACUCAGCAGUUUUAGGAAGCCAGAAACAUUAAAUGUUAGUUAUUUUGAAAACAAACUUUUUCAGUCUUUUAAAUCCCUUAUUGCAACAUUCUAUCAGUUUGUAGCCUCUAGGGAUUGGUGAUCCCUGCUGCUGUCUUCUUUUAACGUAACGCUUGAUUUGUUCCCUAGAUCAGGAGGUUGCUCUAGGGACCACUUAGUAACCCAGACACUGCUCGAUUAUAGAUGCACCGGGGUCACCGAUUCCCAUAAAGAUCAAUUGCUGUCACUCGUACAGCAAUCCACAGUUGUGAAUGUUGUGGGCAGCCUAUGAAUUUGCUCUGUCAGUAGGAGUUGGAGUGACCAAGACUGGGGUCUCGUUUCCAGGGUUACCUGUGUUGAGUUGUGAUGAUGAUGAUGAUGAAGCUAUGAGCGUACACAGUGACUUUUGUAAAGUUGCUGGAUUCUUUGUCAAGAAAACUUGAAUAAAAAAAAUGAAGUCACAGUUUUUUUUGUUAAUGUUGUUGAGUUUCAAUUCAAAUAUUUUUUUUUUAUUAUUAUUAAUGAAUAAACUUUCAAAACAUGA